AUGCCGAUUGUUAUGGAUGUGUCACCAGAGGAUGGGGUGCUGCCUGCUGUGGGCGGGUCGGCCAACGUGGAUGGGUGUGUGCGGAAACUCAUGGAGUUCAUGUAUCAUCAGCGCCGCCGCCCUGCUGACAACAACGUGGAGUUCUGGCGGCAGUUCGUGGCGCAGUAUUUCGCCCCGCACGCGCGCAAGCGUUGGUGUGUUGCCUCUUACGGCAGGAGUGGUCGCCAGCCCGCCGGUGUCUUCCCGCAGGACAUCUGGCCCUGCGACCUCUGUGGCGCCAGCCCUGGCAGAGGCUUUGAAAUGACGAUGGAGGUGCUGCCCCGCCUCUUCAAGAUCAAGUACGACAGCGGGGUGCUAGAGGAGGUGCUGUAUGCGGACCUACCCGCGGAGUACAUGCUGCCAGGUGGCGCCGUGGUAUUGGAGUACGACCAUGCCAUUCAGGAGAGCCUCUUCGAGCAGCUGCGGGUGGUGCGCAAGGGCAAGCUCAAGAUCGUCUUCAACUCGGAUCUUAAGAUCACGCUAUGGGAGUUCUGCACGCAGAACCACGAGGAGCUCGUGCCGCGCCGCCUUGUGCUGCAGCAGGUGAGCCGGCUUGCGGAUCUCGCAUUCAAGUUCCAGAACCACCUGCCGGGGUCCCUCACGCCCAACCAGCUCCACUCACAUUGCGCCACUUUCGCCACCAUGUGCCGGGAGCUCACUCACAAGCUGGACGCGCCAACAGUCAAUGACCUGGGCUUCACCAAGUGCUACGUGCGCUGCUUGCAGAUAUCGGAGGUGGUCAACAGCAUGAAGGACCUGGUCAACUACAGCCGAGAGCACAAUAUCGGGCCCAUUGGUGAGUUGAGUUGCCACCUGUACCGUUGGUAUGGUGUGCACAGCUGCACUGUUGCUGUGUCGUGCCACCACAACAGCAGCAGCAUGAAGGACCUGGUCAACUACAGCCGAGAGCACGACAUCGGGCCCAUUGAUUGCUUCACCAUCCCCUCCUCGUUAUGCCCCUUUCUCACAUCCCCCCUUCCCACCCCCCCUUCACAUGCACCCCUCUCUACCUAA